UAUAUUUUUUUUGUCGUAAAAAAAUGGCAACCAAGAUUCUGAUCGUCGGAGGCACCGGAAACAUGGGAAAGUUCAUCGUCGAAACGAGCGCAAAGUUGGGACAUCCCACGUUUGUGCUCGUUCGAGAAGCUACUCUCACUGAUCCUUCUAAGUUGCAACUCAUUGAUAGCUUUAAGUCUUUGGGCGUCACUAUUGUCCAUGGAGAUUUGUUUGAUCACGUGAGUUUGGUGAAGGCGAUAAAGCAAGUGGAUGUGGUGAUCUCGUCACUAGGUCACGGGCAGUUGGCUGAUCAGGACAAGCUUCUUGCUGCUAUUGUUGAAGCUGGUAACGUUAAGAGGUUCUUUCCUUCUGAGUUUGGGCAAGAUGCGGAUCGAUUGAAUGCUGUUGAACCAGCAAAGUCAGGAUAUGCUUGCAAGUCACAGUUCCGCAGAGCUGUUGAGGCUGCAGGAGUUCCGUUCACUUAUAUAGCUUGCAACUUUUUUGCUGGGUUUUUUCUCCCGAAUCUGGCCCAGACAGGAGCAAAAGCUCCUCCUAGAGAUAAAGCAAUUAUAUUAGGCGACGGAACUAAAAAAGUGGUAUUUAACAGCGAAGAAGACAUUGCAACCUACACUAUAAAAGCUGUAGAUGACCCGCGAACCCUGAACAAAAUUCUCUAUGUUAUGCCACCCCACAACACACUUUCUUUCAACGACGUUCUGUCUUUGUGGGAGAAGAAGAUAGGCAAAACUCUCGAGAAGAUCUUUGUUCCAGAAGAGCAAGUUUUGGAGAACAUCAAAGAGUCCCCUCCUCUGAUCAGUGUGAUGCUAUCAAUCGGUCAUUCUGCAUUUGUGAACGGAGAUCAGACCAACUUUGAGAUUGAACCAUCAUUCGGCGUGGAGGCUUCAACACUUUAUCCAGAUGUCAAAUAUACAACAGUGGACGAGUAUCUCAACCAUUUUGUCUAAACUUUAUCUGAUUAACUCAUAGAUGAGACGAAAAGUUGGUGAGCUGAGCCUGAUGUGGAGUGGUUUAUGUUCAAGAUCUUGGCAGUUUUAUGUUUGUAAAAUUUUGGUGUUGUACGAAUCUUGAAGAUUCCGUUAUGUAUAAUUUUUUUGGUUGAUUUGUAUUUGUAUGGGAGGGUUUUAUAUGUAAUAUUAACUU